AUGUUCUUCGGUUCAAUCCACUUGGGCGCUGCCGCCCUUCUCGUAGCCGGCGCUUUCGCCGGUGAUGACAAGUGGCUCAGCCCUGUGUACAAGAACUUCUACGAGUUCCCUCUCCCUACGCCUCCGGUCAAACAGAAGAAGGCCACCUACACCAAUCCCAAGACUGGUGCCGCCAUCGAUUACUACGAAAUCACCAUCUCCCCGCUGCAGCAGCAAGUCUACCCGGGCCUUGGCAAAGCGAACCUGGUUGGCUACGAUGGAGUCUCGCCUGGCCCCACUUUCAAAAUGCAGCGGGGAAGGGAGGCCGUCGUUCGCUUCAUCAACAAGGCUACGCUGGCCAACUCCGUCCACCUCCACGGCUCCCCCUCCUUUGCUCCAUUCGACGGCUGGGCAGAGGAUACAACCAAGCCAGGCCAAUACAAGGACUAUCUGUAUCCAAACUUUCAGAGUGCCCGUACACUGUGGUAUCACGACCAUGCUGUUUUCCACACCGCUGAGAACGCAUACUUCGGACAAGCCGGCUUUUACGUCCUUGAGGACACCAACGAGGCCGCACUCAAUCUCCCCUCUGGGGCCUACGAUAUUCCUCUUGCCCUGAGCUCGAAGCAAUACCAGGCCAAUGGCGAUCUCUUCAGCCCUGUUGGCGAGACUGUUAGCCUCUGGGGCGAUGUCAUCCACGUCAACGGACAACCUUGGCCGUUCUUAAAGGUGGAACCUCGCAAAUACCGCUUCCGCAUCCUUGACACUUCCAUUUCCCGCGCCUUUCAACUCUGGCUCGAGGCCGACGGUGCUCUCGGCACGAAGAUUCCGUUCAAUGUCAUUGCAUCCGACGCCGGUCUUCUCUCGGCUCCCGUGAAGACCGACCUACUCCAUGCCUCCAUCGCUGAGCGUUGGGAGAUUGUCGUCGACUUUGCUCAGUUCGCCGGCAAGAACGUUACUAUGCGUAACAACCGCAACGUACAGGCCGACGACGACUUCAACAGCACGGACAAAGUUAUGCGCUUCGUCGUCGGCAACAAGGUCACCACCUCCGAUUCGCCUCUACCCAGCACCCUCAGAAGCGUGCCCUUCCCGCCUGCCAAGACGACUGUCGACCGCAGCUUCAAGUUCGAGCGCAAGGGCGGCGAAUGGACCGUCAACGGCGUCACCUUCGCCCAGACCGAGAACCGCAUCCUGGCCAAGCCCCAGCGCGGUGCUGUUGAGGUCUGGGAGCUCGAGAACAGCUCUGGCGGAUGGUCUCAUCCCGUCCAUAUUCACCUUGUUGACUUCCAGGUCAUCGAGCGCACUGGUGGCAACCGUCCGGUGCUCGACUAUGAGAAGAACGGUCUCAAAGACGUCGUCUUGCUUGGUGUCAACGAGAAGGUCAAGGUUGUUGCUCGUUUCCAGCCUUUUGCGGGAAUUUACAUGUUCCACUGCCAUAACUUGAUCCACGAGGACAACGAUAUGAUGGCGGCGUUCAACGUCUCUCAGAUCGAAAAUUUCGGCUACAACAAGAAUGAGACUCUCUUCAUCGACCCCAUGGAGCCCAAGUGGCGGGCCAAGGACAUCAACCCUGCCGAUUUCACCGACCAGGCCAUCCAGUCCAAGCUUGCCCAGUUCGAUGCCGUUGAUGGUGGCUAUAGAGACGCGGAACAAAUCGAGGAUGCUCUCGAGGCGUACUGGAGCACCGCGUCUACAGGCUUCCAGACCUCGACCAAGCCCGCCAGCUCUACUGCAACAUCCUCCACCAAGUCCGCAACCAUCACCUCGUCUGCAACGACCAAGGCCGACGACAAGUCUACCAAGACUUCGAGCACGAGCACGAAGGCCACGACUACUUCCAAGAAGUAA